CUUCACUAUUCACUUCAGUGCAAGGGCGACGCGGAGCGCUCACGCCCGCUUAAUCAACCGGCCCGCGGUUCCCAUACUUAUCUGUGAUACUGUAUUCAUACCGGCCUUUUGUAUUUCGUCGUACAUAAUUUGAAUAUAGUUAAAUUAAUAGUUAAGUAAUUAUUUUAAAAAAUACAGUUUCAAUGAAACAUCUCUUAUAAAAAACGGACUACUAGUGCGUGCGGGUUUAGUGAAGUUCCUCAAAAAUCUAUCGAAUUGCCAGCUCAUUACGCAAUGCAAUACCAAAAAUUGUACUAAGAUCAGUGACACAUUAAAAUGUGAUUUGCAAAUUUUGCAAUUUGUUUAAAAGCAAGUGAUAAUUUAUAAAUGGAAUAUUAUUGUGGUGUACACCGUGUAAUGUGAUUGUUUCUAUAAUAGUAAUAUUUUUAUUAAUAUUUAUUGAAAGUAAUUUUCUUAAAAAUAUAUAGUAAGCUACCUACGCAUUUUUGUGUUGUAAAAAUAAGGUUUACUUGGACAUCAAUACAACAUGGAUUCAAAAGUUGUAUUCAAGGAAAAAAAUCCUCACGAUAAAGCAAACAUACUAUCGAAAAUAUUUUUAUGGUGGAGUUUCCGUUUAUUCAGAAGAGGCUACAAACAUGGGUUGACUUUGGACGAUCUAUGGCAAGCUCGCAGUGGAGAUAAGUCAGGACGCCUCGGUGACCGACUGGAAGAGGCAUGGGAGAAAGAAUUAGAAAACUCUCGUAAAAAAAAAACACAACCGUCCUUGUCAAGAGCAAUAAUCAGUUGCUUUUGGGUCGAAUACAUGUUAUGUGGAUUCUUUGUUGGAAUACUUUUUAUUAUUUUGUGGCCAAUGAUACCUUACACUCUAGCUUUAUUUAUAGAAUAUUUCGCCGGAGAAAAGACUAAAGAAACAUAUAGGAAUGCGCAUAUUUACAAUUUUGCAUUGAAUUUUCUGAGCAUAUUGACCGCCAUGAUGUUAAAUCAUACGUCGUUAGCGCAAAGUUGUGUUGGGAUGAGAGUGAGAAUCGCGUCUUGUGCGAUCGUUUACAGAAAGAUAUUGAGAUUAAACCGUAUUGGCAUGAGUAAAACUGAGACAGGACAAGUGAUAAACUUGAUGUCAAAUGACGUGAAUCGUUUCGAUAUGGCCGCAUCAUUUUUAAACUUCAUUUGGGUGAUGCCUAUCGUGGUGCCAAUUGUUUCGUACCUGGUGUGGCAGCACAUUGGUUGGGCAACACUAGCCGCUCUCCUCGUGAUCUUUGUACAAGCUGUCAUCAUACAAGCAUAUUUGAGCCAACUUCAAGGCGCUUUGAGAGGAAAAAUUGCAAAGCGUACGGAUCAACGAGUAAAAGUCAUGAGCGAAUUGGUAAAUGGUGUUCAAGUGAUAAAAAUGUAUGCGUGGGAGAUACCUUUUGAGAAACUCGUUGAUAAACUACGCAAGUAUGAAGUUAAAUUUAUAUUGAAGACUUCCUUUAUCAAAGGAUUUUCAACUGCUCUAAGUGUCUUCACAGAGCGAUUCAUUCUAUUUUCGGCUAUAGUAACCUUCGUUGUCACCGGGGGAGAUAUUCGGGCAGGAAUUACGUUUUCUCUUGUGCAGUAUUACAAUCUACUGCAACUAACCUGUAAUAUCUUCUUCCCAAUGGCACUAGCGUUACUCGCAGAAUCCAAGGUGUCGAUAAAACGACUUGAGAACUUUUUAUCUCUUGAAGAGCUAGAACCAGAAGAGCCCAAAAUCAACGGGUUUAGUGCUAACGUUAUAACUAAUGGUAUAGAAAAGGAGAAGGAUAAUGCAAAUACAAAAAUGAAAUCCAUGGUUAUGUCUAAUGUGUCUGCUAGCUGGCUACCUGACCCAAUUGUUCACACAUUACGAAAUAUAUCACUGACAGCACAUCCGGGAGAGUUCGUAGCUAUUACUGGAUUAGUUGGAUCUGGAAAGUCGUCACUCUUGCAAGUGAUCUUGGGAGAGCUGCAGCCUUCGCAAGGAACACUAUCGCUCGGUGGCGCCCGCAUUGCGUAUGCGAGUCAGGAACCUUGGCUUUUUGUGGCAACCGUAAGACAAAACAUCCUCUUCGGCCUACCCUACGAUCGAGUGCGAUAUAAAAAGGUGGUGACUGCGUGUGCGUUAGUUCGCGAUUUCGAGCAGUUACCGGAUGGUGAUGCGACGCUGGUGGGCGAACGCGGCAUCAGUCUCAGCGGCGGUCAACGGGCGCGCAUUGGUCUUGCCCGGGCUUGCUACCGACAGGCAGACAUUUACCUCCUGGAUGACCCUCUAUCUGCAGUGGAUACCCACGUUGGAAAACACUUAGUGUCAGAAUGUCUGAUGGGACUUCUCCGACACUCCACCCGGAUCCUUGUCACGCACCAGCUUCACCACCUCAAAACAGCAGACAAAGUUAUCAUAUUACGUAAUGGGGAGAUAGAAAUACAAGGCAGUUUUGAGGAGGUCUCGAAGACACCGCUGUUCGAUGAACUGCUGGAGGAAGAAGAACCCGAACAAACAGAGGAGGUCCUUCGAGCACAGAUGAAGAGACAACGCACAAUAUCUAUUCAGUCUCAUACAAGCGUCAGCACCACGGCCGAUGAAAAAGCACACGAUGAAAACGAUGAUCCACAAGAAACCGCAGAACUAAUGGAGACUGGUCGGGUAUCGGGAUCGGUGUACAGGAAGUAUUUCCACGCGGGAGGCAGCUGGGCUCUUUUGGUGUUCACUUUCGUAUCUAUCAUCCUCGCACAAGUCGUCACAUCUGCCGGGGAUCUGUGGCUAACACAUUGGAUGAAUACCGUAGAAAACACACACAAUAAUGACACUUUGCAAGAAGAUCGAAUAAUUCCUAACACGACUACUAAUAAUUCCACCGUUGAUCCAAACAACGGGGAAGGAUAUUUAUCACUCGCCGAUCAUACCUUUUAUAUUUACAUUUGGGGAGCAGCCAUACUUGGGUGCAUCAUUCUUACAACCGGCAGAUCUCUGUUAUUCCUGUGGGUGUGUAUGUGCAGUUCGAUAAAACUGCACAACAAAAUGUUCAGUAACAUUCUGUCAGCAACAAUGCGAUUUUUCGACACCAAUCCUUCUGGACGUAUCCUUAACCGGUUCUCUAAGGACAUGGGGGUUGUGGACGAAAUUUUACCAAGGAUGUUUCUCGACAGUAUUCAGAUGUUUAUGGUGAUGUUUGGUAUAUUGAUCAUGGUAGCCAUAGUAAACCCCUACAUGCUGUUGACCACCCUUUUCUGUGGGAUAUUCAUGUAUUUGUGGACUAUUGUUUAUUUGAAUACGGCCCAGGCUAUAAAAAGAGUUGAGGGUGUAUCACGCAGUCCGGUAUUCUCGCACGUGUCUGCGAGUAUGGCGGGACUGACGACAGUGCGUGCGUGCGGAGCGCAAGAAAUGCUCCGUGCACAAUUUGACGACAAGCAGGAUGUCCACACCGCAGCAUGGUACUUAACCCUAAUUACCAACACGGCUUUUUCUAUAUGGCUGAGCCUCAUCUCGGCGUCUUAUGUCGUGGUAGUGGCAUACACCUUCUUGUUAAUGGACGAUGGAACCACCAAGUCUGGAAACGUGGGUUUAGCUAUCAGCCAGGGUCUUAUUCUAGUGAACAUGGUCCAGUACGGCAUAAAGCAGACCACUGAAGUGAUAUCGCAGAUGACCAGCGUGGAACGGGUUGUUCAGUUCACUAAGCUUCCUCAGGAACAGACGGACGGUCCCCCGCCGCCAAAGGACUGGCCCAAGCGCGCUCGACUCGUGUUUAAGGACCUUUACCUAAGAUACGACAAGGAAGCCGAGCCUGUACUUAAGAAUCUAAAUAUAGUUAUUGAGAGUGGAUGGAAGGUGGGGGUGGUCGGCCGAACCGGAGCAGGAAAAUCAUCGCUGAUAUCUGCCCUGUUUCGAUUGGCGCCGAUCGAUGGGCACGUUUAUAUUGAUGAUGUGGACACCGGAGAAAUCGCACUCAAAGAGUUGCGGUCGAAAAUCUCUAUCAUUCCUCAGGAGCCAGUGCUGUUUUCUGCUAGUUUACGAUACAAUUUAGAUCCCUUCGACAAAUAUUCGGACAGCGAUAUUUGGAAGGCAUUAGAACAGGUGGAGUUGAAGCACAGCGUAUCUUCGCUAUCGGCCGGCGUGGAGGCAGGUGGCGCCAACUUCAGCGCGGGCGAACGGCAGUUGCUUUGCCUAGCGCGUGCCGCUCUUGCGCGGAAUCGCCUGCUGGUACUUGAUGAGGCCACUGCCAACGUCGACCCCAAUACGGACGCAAUAAUCCAGAAAUCGAUACGGAAACAUUUCACCGAUUGCACAGUGGUUACAGUUGCGCAUCGCUUACACACGGUAGCCGAUUCAGACAGAGUUAUUGUAAUGGAAGCAGGUGAAAUAGUUGAAUGCGGCCACCCCCACGAUCUUCUGCAGAAAGAAGAUGGGCAUUUCACUCAAAUGGUCCAACAGCUGGGAAACGCCUCGGAGCAGAGUUUGCGCGAGCUCGCCCGUAACGCACAUUUGCAGCACAUAAAAUACGUAGACGCUGAAGAUCAGCCUUAGCUUUAAGACAGGAGUACUUACAGCAUAGUCCUAUACCGCAGCAAAAACUUAAUGAUAAUAAGACAGAACCGUUCAAACAAAUCAGCGUAAAUUAUUUUGUCAACAAACUACAUAAAGUUAUUAUUCCGAAAUAUUAACUUUAAAGUAAGUGCAUAUUUUGUUAUAGCGUAAAAACAGAGCG